AUGGCUCAUAAAAGGGAUCGCCUCGAUGUUCUAUGCGGGCCCUGUAAGAUGGAGCGAAUGAGUGUCGGAGCCACACUAUUGUGUGUUACUUGUAAAGAACCAUUCUGUAACAACUGUACUAAACUUCAUCGUGCCCAACCCUGGGCCAUGAAACACUCAUAUAUGUCAGUUACUGACGAGACCAAGGAAAGUGUCAAGUCUGUGCUCUCCUCCCAGGUCAGUGCUAUAAAACAGAAGGCUAAGAGCAAGAGAAAUCUUUGGAACCAGGAUGAGGCAGACAAGUCGUCUUAUCUGGAAGACCUCCAACAACAGCAUGACCAUAAUCAGAUGGAGCUAGAGAACGAACUGUUCUGUGAACAACACCAGGUCAUUCUUUGUGACCUAUGUAAAGCUAAAGAUCACAAGAAUUGUGUCAAUAUCUCUCCUAUAGCUGAUGUUGCCAGCUCUAAAAAGAGCUCGCGAGAGAUGAUUGAUCUUAUAGCAGCGCUUAGGAAAUACCGUAAGUUCGCAGACAUCAUGUACCAAGAUCGUGUUAAAGAAUCAGAUAUCUUAGAGAAAAAACGGGACGUAAUUUUACAGCAACUAAGAAAAAGAUCGAAUGAAAAGACGAGUAAUGCUGACGAAGAAAUAUUGACAGACUUCGAAAGUAUGCAUGCAAAUAAUACAAAGAAGCUUUCAAAAGAAAAAGAAAGACUUACAAAUCUUAUAAAAAUGACGACAGCGGAUGCCGAGGAAAUGAGAGCACUGUUCCGAGAUGAGUCCAACACAUCCCCGGCACAGUUUAUGAAGGUCUAUAUUAGGAUCAGUAACAAAAGAUCGGUCUAUGAACGAUUCCUCCGGGAAAUCUACAACGAUAUCCAAAACCACGACUAUGAACUGACACUGCCACAUGCUGAUAAUGAUGAAACUACUGGUCACGUCAAGCAGGUACCCACAUACUUUCGGUUGCCGCCCUUUCUAGUUUUUGAGAUGAAUGGGAGAGUACGUGCGAAAGUUCAAGCCGUCUCUAAAUUUGCGGGUAUGCUGGCUAUGCAGAGAGCAGAAAAAACCUUGCCAUCGACUAGUAGUGAUCCGUCGUCGACUGCAGGGAGACCAGAUUCUUUCAGGUCUGUACAUCUUUCUAGAUCUGGUUCAAAUUCCUCUUCAACUUCGUCUCGGUCUUCGGGCACAAACGGAAGUAUAGGUGUAGCUGAACCUCUAAGACUACCAUCACCUCCCCCCGAACGCGCUCAUAGCGUAAAUACUUUUGUUCCCUAUUCUUACGACUCGCAACAAGCGUUUUUCAUAACGGCAAUUGGUUGUUUGCCUUCUGGUGAUUUAGCUAUCAUCGAUAGGUGUGCCUCGGAACUGAAGGUACACAACAAGAAAUUAAGAGCGUCCACUUGUUACACAUUUCAAACAUUGCCUUGGGAUCUAGCUGUUUUACCCGAUUUACAUUUUGCUGUCACCCUUCCUGGAGAGAAAAUUGUCAAAAUCUUGAAAAUGGUCACCGUUAUGAAGGAAGACAAAAACAGAAAAAAUACACACGCUGACAGCGAAAACCAACCUAAGAAGGUACCCACAAAUGAACUUGUCUAUGUGAAAGACGUUCCGUGCACUGGAGAGUGUUGGGGUGUGGUUUAUUGUGAUGAAAACCUAUAUGUCACGUGUGAUCCAUGGUUGGGUGAUCCGUACAUAUUAAAACUUAGUCUUGAAGAUGAUUCGAAAAAGGGGACAGUGCUUCCUGUGAAGGGUGUAGGACUUACAGCCCCACAACACAUCUCUUGCAACAGCAUGUACACGGAACUCUAUGUCACUGAUUCUGCCUUACACUGUGUCAUUGCUUUGGGGAGAGAUGGCAAAUUGAAAUUCGUCUACAGAGCACGUGACCUUGGUUGUCCGACAGGAAUAUCAGUCGACAGAUCCGGAAACAUAUUUGUUUGCGCAAAGGAAACGUCCAAUGUUCAUAGAAUUGUACCGGGAGGAAAUGAAGGGUGUCCGAUUCUCGCCGGAAAUGACGGAGUUGUUAAACCACGCGGAAUAUGUUACAGCCCAAUCAACGGUAAUCUAUACAUCGCCAAUAAUAACACGUUGAAGAUUAAGGCAUACACAGUGUAA